ACGGGAUACGUCGACUACAUUCUUCAAACGCUGUUGGUAAACAAAAGCAAACAAACCAAGAUAUAAACAUUGCCAUCAGAAGAAACAACGACUUGUUUAUCGGAUUAUCAGUGUAUAGGGGUCAUAAACUUUGGCGAGAUAAAAUUUAAAUUUCUUACAUAACACGAUAAGUUUGUAUAAUCACACUAUCAACUCAAAACAGUAUCAUUUACGUACGGGAGAGUUUACAUAUUGUGUCCAUUAAAGCUAACGAUAAGUUAGGCAAAGAAGCUAGUUGUGUGGCUUUACAGUUUAGCAAUUUAAAUAUGGCGUCAAGUAAAACCAUAACGAAGAAAGUAAUAAAUUCUCCUGAAACAUGCGUAGACGACAAUCUACGAGGAGUGGUGGCUUUAUAUCCGAAUCUGCAAUUGUAUCCGAAACACAGGGUGGUGACAAUGAAAACUGACAACACAGUCUCAAAAAGAGUGGCCAUCUUAGGUGGAGGUGGUUCCGGUCAUGAACCAUUCACUGCAGGUUUGAUCGGAAACGGUAUGUUAAGUGGUUCAGUUGCUGGUGGUGUGUUUGCUUCACCACCCACUGGGCACAUACACUUUGCUAUCACACAGCUGGCUAAAAGACAUUCAGGUGGAGUUUUAGUAUUUCUAGGGAACUACACUGGCGACAGACUGAAUUUUGGAAAAGCUAUAGAAAAGGCUAAAAUUGAUGGAAUUAAGGUAGAAGGAUUUAUAGUGGGCGAAGAUGUUGCUUCGAGUCACAACAAAACUGGUGGAAGGAGUAUGUGCGGUGAAGUUUUCAUACAUAAGAUGUGUGGCGCUAUGUCAGCAAAGGAAUACGGCUUGGAAUCAAUCCGUGAUAUGGCCGCUGUGAUCAACAAAAGUAUGGCAACACUUGGUGUGUGUUUGAGCGCUUGCUCCUUGCCUGGGCAACCGCCGCUAUUCGAAAUAAAAGAUGACGAAUUCGAACUUGGUGCUGGAGUUCAUGGGGAAGCUGGUAUCGAGAAAUUGAAGAUGGGAAGCGCAAAAGAAAUCGUCACGCUUAUAUUGAAUAAAAUAGUUGAUCAUCUUAAGCUCCAGAUGGGUAACAGAGUAGCUGUGAUGAUAAAUAACAUGGGAGGAACAUCACUAAUGGAAAUGAAUAUAAUUGCAUCUGAAACCAAAGACUAUUUAGAAAACAUGAAGAUAAAAGCAGAACGCAUAUACUCAGGACAUUUAAAAACAUCGCUAGAAAUGCAAGGCUUCCAAAUAUGUCUGCUACAUUUGACUAAAGAUUUUGGAGACUUGUGGCUACAACUGUUGGACGCACCGACCGAUGCCAUUGGUUGGACAGGCGGCGUUAUGUCCAUAAGAGAUGAAACACUUAAGGAAGAUGAGGAAUCUCUUCUUGAAAAUGUUGGAAAGAAGGACAUAUUUGGUUGUGAACUAUCAGAUAAAGAACAGAAAAUAUUACGCAACAGUUUACAAGCGGCUUCAGAGAAGCUCAUUGAGAGCGAAGAGUUAUUGAAUAGACUAGAUUCCGGUUGUGGGGAUGGCGACUGUGGAAUAACGUUGAAGAAAUUCGGAAAAGCUGUGCUUUCGUAUCUGGAGAGUGCUGAUCUAAAAUAUCUGUCAGAUAUUUUGUGGAAGCUAUCAGAAAUGGCUGAGAUGAACAUGGGAGGAACUUCGGGAGGCAUUUACAGUUUGGGAUUGUAUGCGGCUUCACAAGCUAUCAUCAGUGCCAAAACUAACGAUAGACAUGCGUGGCUUGCGGCUCUAGAAAGUGCAAUGGCUGCCAUCACCAAAUAUGGCGGAGCAGAACCCGGAGACAGAACUAUGUUGGAUACAUUACAUGCUGGGGCCGUUGCGUUUAAAAAACACUUAGCAUCAGAUUUGAAAGUGUUGGGGCGUGAAGUGUCUACCGCAGUCGAGGACGCGGCUAAAGCUACUGCUAAAAUGACAGCUAGGGCGGGCCGGGCGUCGUAUGUAGCGAGCACGUAUAUAAAGGACGAAGACGCGGGGGCGCGCGGCGCCGCUAUCUGGCUUCAAGCUAUUUUGACCCUUGUUGCUAAGGAGUUAUAGGUUCUUUGUUCAUGCAAUCUUGUAUGUUUCACCUAUACAAUGAUUUGAAAUUAUUAUAUUUAUUAUUUGUUACUGAAAA